AUGUCAUACCAUCCACAAUCGAGGGGACAAGUUGAAGUGUCUAAUCGAGAAAUAAAGAGCAUUGUUGCCAAAACUGUGAAUGUUCAUUGUACUUAUUAUUCUAGCAAGCUUGAUGAUGAUCUUUGGACCUACCGUAAAACAUUUAAAUCUCCCAUUGGAUUGUCCCCUUAUAAGUUAGUGUUUGGUAAAGCUUGUCAUCUUCCGGUGGAAUUGAAACGCAAACCUUUGUGGGCAUUGAAGAAGAUAAAUCUUAAUUGGGACAUUGCUUCUACAGGUCGUGUACACCAAAUCCUUGAGUUAGAUGAAUUCUGUUUGAAAGCCUACAAAAGCUUAGUUUUAUACAAGGAAAACGUUAAGCUGUGGCAUGAUGCUAAGAUACUAAUUCGUGAGUUUCAAGUGGGGGAAUCAGUCCUAUUUUUCAAUUCAAGGUUGAAGUUAUUCCCAGGUAAGGUCAAGUCAUGGUUGACUUGUCUGCAUACUGUCACCCACGUGUAUGGCAAUGGGACUAUUGAAAUUGAAGAUGCAAAGGGGUAA